CGCACGCGCAAAAAACUCUGAUGCCAGGCCCGCGAGGCCAACUGUUUGUGACUGGGUUAAGAGCCAAAAGCCAGAUGCGUUCACUUGAACUUGAUCUGAAGCUCCUCGCUUAUAGGUCGAUGCCGCUCCUCUUGGCAUCCCAGCUGGUCCGCUUUCACCUCCUCUCUGCCCGUGUCAGCGCUGCGUCUCCGUUUUCCCUCCGCCCAGAUCACAGAGAAGAUACUGAGGACGGACUCCUCGUCCAUGUGCUUCCCCCUUCUCCUGUCAUUUUGCGAUUUUUUUAAGCCACACCCCUGCAGAGAGAGCGAGAAAGAGAAGGAGGGAGAGAGAGAAGCGGAAAAAGAGACAGAUCCAUGACCAUCUCCUGGGUGUUUAAAAAACUAACUCAGGACAAUAGCAGCGAAUGGGCGCUUAAUUAAAUUAAUUAGUCCGUCUUGUCAAUCCUGGAUUAAUGGCCAAUAGCGACUGUGCUGCUUAAUGUUUUUACUUCUCUCUCUCCCUCUCGUAUCAGUAAAGGAGAGGAGGGGAGGGGGGGCUCAUCCCGGCAUCCUGAGGGGAGGUAAUUUGCACGGAUCAAGGGGGCAAGGCGCCGCAAAGUAUAAAUACUGUGACUUCAAUAGAGGAUCACCAGCAGGUUCCCAACUCCGCUACCAAAGGAGGAGGAAUUGGCUGAGAAGAUAUAUCUUCGUAUAUUUUUUUUCAUUCACAGUUGGCUGCAUCACCUUGUAUCAUUUUCAAGGGGGCUGACUUUAAAACGAGCCACAUCAUUGAUGUCUUAAGCUGUCGAGGAGCAAAGGGAGAGUGCAUGUAUGUGUGAGUGUAUGUGUGUGUGUGAGUGUGUGUGAGUGAAUGUGUGAUUUUUUCCCCCUUUUUUUCCUCUAAGAGGAGAGGAAACAGUGAUGGAAGAGCUCACUGCUUUCGUGUCCAAGUCUUUCGAUCAGAAAGUGAAGGAGAAGAAGGAAGUGAUAACGUACAGGGAGGUGUUGGAAACCGGAGCAAUGCGCGCAGGAAGCAGGGAGUCUUUAUCCGCGGAACCGGGAAGCCGAGAGGAAGCGGCCGCCGUUACGCGGAACGUUGCGCUGUCGCCGGGCAGGGAAACGGACAUGCUCGGCCCGGACAGGAUCAGGGACAGCGGGAGCCCCAAAAUCAUUGACGGCACCACGGACGUGAAAGACAGGAAAGAGGACUCCAAGCCCUUAGAGGAUGAGACGCAAACAAAGAUCAAACAGAGAAGAAGUCGGACUAACUUCACAUUAGAGCAGCUCAAUGAGCUGGAGCGGCUCUUCGAUGAAACCCACUACCCGGAUGCCUUUAUGCGGGAGGAGCUAAGCCAGCGACUGGGACUGUCGGAGGCCCGAGUGCAGGUUUGGUUCCAGAAUAGAAGAGCCAAAUGUAGAAAGCAGGAGAACCAGUUGCAUAAAGGAGUCCUGAUUGGAGCAGCGAAUCAGUUUGAAGCUUGUCGUGUAGCACCCUAUGUCAACGUCGGGGCUUUACGGAUGCCAUUCCAACAGGAUAGUCAUUGCAACGUGCCGCCCUUCUCCUUUCAGGUGCAGGCGCAGCUGCAACUGGACAGCGCCGUGGCCCACGCGCAGCACCACCUGCACUCGCACCUGGCUGCGCAUGCGCCCUACAUGAUGUUCCCCGCGCCGCCGUUCGGACUCCCUCUGGCCACGCUGGCGGCGGAGUCUGCCUCCGCCGCCUCCGUGGUCGCCGCCGCCGCCGCGGCCAAAAACACCAGCAAGAACUCCAGCAUCGCCGACCUGAGACUGAAGGCCAAAAAGCACACGGCCGCAUUGGGACUGUGACGCCACGGAGACGCCUGCAGGACACGAGGCGUGGACACCGUCCGGCACUGAACAAAAAAACUCUCACAAUUUACACCCUUCCCCACAAAUAAUCCUGGGACAAACUGAAAAAACUCCAUUAGCCAUGGACGUAAUUUAUGCUUUGUAAAUGAAGGAGGAUGAGAAUAAAGAUUAAAUAUAGGCUAUUUAUGAAAUAGAGAAGAGACAAUGACAAAAAUAGCCUACACUUCUUCUUUUUUUAUUUCAAGCCAAAUAAAGUGGCUUCAAUGCAUCAGGAGGAGCCUCCUCUGCAGACACAUGGCUGAGGAGGCCGGCGGGACACCCCGAGGAGGCGCAUGAAGGAGGAGGAGGAGGAGGAGGAAGCAGCUGGCACGGUCGAUACUUUGUCAAACAAAGCGAACCACUCUGCAGUUGUUCUGUUCGUGUUCGGUUUUAACGUGAUAUUAUUGUUGCUCUGAUUCUAUUUCGUUCAUAAACAGAGGCUGGCCUCAUCAUAUUUCAAGAAGAACACAAACUUUCUCUGCAAAAGGACAGAGAGGGAAAUCUUUGACAAAAUAAAAAGACAACUUAGUAGGAGUUCUUCUUCUUCUGUUUCUUGUCCAGUUUGGAGGGAAGUAAAAAAAAAAAGAAAAAGAAAAAAAAAAGCCUCUGCAGUGUUUGCAUGUUUGGUCCCGUCUCCUCUGCCCCCCUUUUUACGCGUUUCCUUCCCUGGCAAAACCGCGCGGUGACGCGCACGUGAAUGUCUGACCUGCGUGACCUUCUCCUUGGACCUUUUUGUGCAACAGGCGUGAGGUUGUGAGACACGCACAGGCUUUGUUAAACUUCAUAUUUCUUCCAUGAAACGGAUCCCCCUUUUGAAGGAGUCACAGCCAAUAACAACAACAUUUAGGGGAGUUAGGUUUACGCAAACCGGUACGGGCACCUGUAAGAUAUGUUUAUACACAAGAAACAUGCAUUAUUUUUUAUGAUUUAGUGGCUUUAUGAAUGCCUUGUGGGAAAUUUGAUCCUUUUUUUUAAACUUUGUUUCUGUGUAAUAAAUCCACGUGCUUAGCCGAUGUAAUUUUGAUGUUUUUUAUAAGAAGGAAAAAAGCUCAUCUGAGGCAGGGGUUUCUUAAAAAAAGAGUAUUCAUGAAAUUGUUUUACUUUUUUCCAUAACAUGUGAGACGUGAAUUAACGAAAUGUCUUUCGUUCGCAUAAUAAAUUAACUAAAGUUUCUUAAA